UUCGUGGCAGAACAACAAUAUUUUUCAUCGCAAUUUUUUGGAAAUUCUCAAUCUUCCUCAUCAACCAAGCGAGAUGGAAGAAUCUGGCGAUCCAUCAAAUGGAGCCGGUAAGGACGAAGAGCUGGGCGAUUCAUCGCCACCGAAAAAAUCCCGUUCCGAGCAGGCCAGCCAGACAACCGCCCAGCCCGAGACUCCGUCAACAUCGUCCGGUACAACAAGUGCCCGGUCCCCGAAAAGCGAACCGUCCGCCGUACCUAAAGCUAAUGAUGAAGGAACACAGAACGAAGGGGAACCGACUGCUGAUAACGCCUCGACACCGGAGGCAGAAGUUGCAGAUCCUGCCCUUGCCAGGUCGGGUCCUACGGCACGCUCCAGAUCCCCGUAUUGGAGUCGCCAGGAAACGUUACAGUUUUUAAUUCGGGAUGUCAUGGACCAACAUAUGGAUAACGAGGAGUCGGAGGAGGUGGAGGAAUCCGAUGAUGAUUCUGUGCAGCAUAAUGAGGGGCCUCUUUCCCCGAACCGAUCCAGCAGUGGUUCCGACAGCUCUUCCAUCCUGUCUUCCGACACAGAUACGACGUCAUCAUCUGGGCAAUCCGAAUCGCCGUACCGUGGAGAGGGUUCCAACGAAUCACUUACACGAUCAUCGAGUUCAUCACCGGAUAGAGAUCAUGGUGUGGUAGAGCCCACUACAGUAGCCAGCGUUCCCAAGGGAAGGAACUUCGUAAAAGACCUAGAGGAACGGCAACGCUGCGGUGUAGCAUUUCGGGCAACGGAAGCAAAUCGCAGCUACAGUGCCAGGCUCUUUGAGCGCCGCAUCUACUCGUCGCUGUACGUCGCGAAACACCUCGCGCUAUCGCAUCGGUUGCGCGGCCAUAGGGGCUGCGUGAACAGUUUAAAUUUUAACGCGGACGGGACCCUGCUAGCGAGUGGGUCCGACGAUUUGCGACUUAAAUUGUGGCAGUGGCCAACGGGGAAGCUACUGCACACUGUCCAAACCGGCCAUCGGCAGAACGUGUUUCAAACAAAGUUCGUUGACAACGGUUGUAAGAUGCGGCAAAACCUGGAAAUCCUUACGACGGGUCGCGAUGGUCAGGUGCGUUACGUGCUGAUCGAUAACUCCGGAAAGGCGAACAUCGAUUUGCUGUUCAAGUGCAACCGGCCCAUCCACAAGAUAGCUAUUCCGGUCAACACACCGAGCUCGUUCGUUACCGCCGGCGAAGAUGGUAAGGUGCGGAUGUGUGAUCUACGCCAGGGGAAAAUGGAAACCCUGCUCGACGCAUCGUUCCGUUUGUACAGCGUAGCGACGCAUCCGUUGGAUUCGCAGUUUUGCAUCACUGGCAACGAUGUGUCGGUGAGCGUGUAUGAUUUCCGGAAUGUACGAGAACCCCUCAAGAGGCUACGAGGCCUUCGUAGAAAGAAAUCACAUGCCAGCAUAACGUCGGCAGUUUACAACCAUAUCGGCACGGAAAUCGUGGCCAGCUAUAGCGAUGAGAAUGUUUAUCUAUUCGACAACACAGAGAAUGGACGAAUAGUGAAACCGAUCGGUUCCUUCAAAGAUCAUCGUAACAUAAACACCAUCAAAGGAAUCAGCUUCUUCGGGCAGCAGUCGGAGUAUAUAGUAAGUGGCAGUGACUGUAGUUACACCUUCGUCUGGGACAAAAAGAGCCAAACGGUGGUCAACUGGUUGCGCACCGGUCCGCUCGAUGUGGUCAAUUGUAUCGAGCCCCAUCCAGAGUUUCCUAUCAUCGCUACGUCCGGACUAUCACGGCAUGUGAUGGUGUGGGCACCGAAGGGACUGAUCGAUGGUCAAACCUUACCCCGCAGCAAACCUUCGGACCGCGAACGUGUACGGCUUUUUGGGCGCAGCAUGUCACCGGGCUGGACGGGUGAUAUGUUAAUGGAUGCCUUCAACAUACCUCCAUCCGAAGAGAGCGACAGUGACAGUAUGCGCUCGUACGAUAUGUCUUAUAACUCCGACUACGAUGGCAUGAGUCCUACCCAUCCCAUAUUCCAGUGUAAUCCCUCCUAGAGACCCUCUCUUCCAUUCAAUUCUUUUUCUUUCCACUGGCCGUUUUUGUCAAACAUGGAUUCAUUAAGCAGUCUGUUAAGUCAUGUUUUUUUUCUGUUUUACUUCUCCCGAUCGUGCGAUGCG